AUGGGCUUUCCACUACCACCGGAGUUGAUAGACAUUGUGUUGGAGUUCAUUAUUGCCGAGAAAAUCAACGUUCCCCCAUCUGUCACUCAGAACACCAAUUUGGCCCAAUAUGCCACUAUCAACCGCAACUGGCAGGCAAUUAUCGAGAGGCGAACCUUUUCAACCAUCAAUAUCAACACAAACAAGCGACUAGCAGAGUUCACACAAUUUCCAUGGGACCAGUUAUCAUGGAGCCAAAGAAGAAGCCAUAUACGGAAAAUCAAUCUCAUCGUGGAGCUCGAGUCGUUCGAUGCCGAGGCUCGCGUACGGUACGAAACUGAAGAGGAGAAUCAGCGAAACAGCAAAGUUUUUACCGCUUCAAUUCAGUCACUAUUCAAUACUCUAUCCGAAUGGCCGGUCACCGAAGCGGGCAUCAGUCUUUUGAUCAGGGCGGAGUCCCCCAGCGAUCUUCGUGUCCAUCUUCGUGUCCAUCUUCGUAUCCAUGGUCGCGAGAUAAAGAAGCAUCCUGGGUGGGAUCUCGAAUUUGAACACCUCUGGGCCAAGCGACUCGAAAGAUCGUAUCUCCAAUUCAACGAGGAAGCCGUCGGUGCUCAAUGCCGUGCUGUCCCGAUAAUCACCAGUCUUGACAUUCUGGGAGCUGAUGAGGUUGGGUGGGAGCAGAUAGGAUAUAGGAAAAUCGAACCAGCCUCCAGUUGUCUCAUCGCGUCGAAGUUGCCUCGAUUACACGAUCUGCGCCUUGAAUUGAAUGAUAUCGGCAAAUGGGAUCCCCAAGCAAGAGAACGUCGACGAAAUGGUAUGCCAGAUACAGAUCCCAGGAAGAUGCCCGAAUAA